AUGAAAUUUAUGAAUCAAAUUGGAGAAAUUUCUUCAAACGAUAACCAUUCUUCACAACGUGGAAACGAAUAUUACCAGAAUCUUUGUAUGAAGGCGGGCGAGCAAUUCGCCAUAGAAAUGAUUAUGCCGCUAUUUGACAAACGGUUUAAUACUAAUAAUCGAAUUAGACAAAAAUUACCGACAUGGAUAAACCAAAGUUUAAUUGAAUGUCACAAAUUUGGUCAUGCUAUUGGAAAAAUUGCUGGAUUUUUUAAAAAUAAAGUUCAGCGAUUUAGUAGUAAUGAUGUGUAA